CCCCCUGAAUGAGAGGAGCAGACAUGGGGGGGGGUGGGGCACAGAAGGUUCCAGAACAGGAAGCCCAGCACGGAGACCCUGGUUCCCCUGCGCUCCCCAGACGGACCCCGUUGGGCAAGUGUCCAGAGACCCGGGGCUGUGGAAACAGGAACCCUGCGUGGCUGAUAAACGGCACAGGGCCGGCUUCACACUGGACACGUCGGGGACGCUUCCUGUCCCGAGAUAACAAGGCUGCUGCUGCUUGACGGGCAGGACACGGCUGACGUGCGUCCAGAUGAAUCAUGCGAGGGUCUCCGGGCAGCACAGGCUCCUGACCAGGCCGUGUCUCCUUGUCCGUGCCCAGAGUCUCCCCUCGGGGACCCUGCUCGUCUGCUGUCAUCGUCACUGCCUGUCCCCCGGGCAGGACGGCGUCCCCCGAAAGUGCUGAGACGGCCCAAGACAGGAGCCGAGAGCUGAGGGGACAGUGCAGCUUUGGGGCUGGGAUAUGGCGGCCGUGCUGGAUCUUCUGACCUUCCUGGUGGUCCUGAAGUCGGCAUGCUGUGCACAACCACGGCUGGCGCAAGACAAAAUAUCCCCUAUUAUAAACAUGCAGCUGGAUUCAAGGAAAAAAACGUUAACCUGGACGUACACAAGAAACGUGAGUGACCAGGAAUGCACAAUAGAUACGCCGACUGCCUACUCCGCCACGGUGGGCCCACAGGUGACGGAGGACCACACCUACGUCUGCACCUUCCCCAACUCCGUGCUGCACAGGGGGGCCAACCUGACCGUGAAGGUCACUUGCGACGGGGACGUGUUCCUCCAAGUCCUGACUUUUGCUAACCCAGGCAGGGAAGGUUCCGGAGCCGUGAACUUCUCCUGCCUCAUUUACAACGUGCGCUUCAUGAACUGUAGCUGGGCGCCCGGCCCGGCCGCCCCGGCCGACGUCCAGUAUCGACUGUUCUCCUGGGCGUCCAGGCAUGAGGCUGAGGCGGAAUGCGUCCAUUACAUCCUCGGCCCCACGGGGACCCGCGUGGGCUGCCAUUUCAACCAACUGGGCGAACCCCAGAGGACGGACAAUUACUUCUUCUUGGUGAACGGAACCAGCAGGGAAACGGCGAUCCCGUUUUUGGAUUUCACUCCAUUUAAGGCGGUUCAAAUCGAGAAGUACGAUCCACCCAGGAACAUCACCAUCACCUACAACCGGUCGCACCACAUCAUCCGGUGGGAACAUCCCAAGAUCCGAUUCGACCUUUCGAGUCACAUGCUGUAUUACGAGCUGGACAUCCAAACGCCGGCGAGCUCCCCAGAAACAAACCGUGUUUUCCAGAGGGGACAGGACCCGAACGUGUACCUGAUGCCCAGUUCCGCCACCAGAGCCAAGAGCGCCUUCCGGGUGAGGGUGCGUUACAUGUACAACCACCUGUGGAGCGAAUGGGGCCCCACGCGGCGGUUUGGCCUCCCGGAGCAGGAUUUCAGCGGCGCCCUGGUGGGGCCCGUGGUGGGGACGGCGGCUUUGUCCGCGCUCAUCCUCAUGUUCCUCUGCAAACGGUUCUCCGUGAGGCGCAAGAUGUUCCCUCCCAUCCCGCAGGUGAAGAAGGAAAUCGCCAAGGCCCUCAUGCCCACACCGGGGGUGAGUGACCCCUCCGUCUACACCCAGGAGGUCGCCUGGGACGAGGGCCACCCCCCGCCGGGCCCCCAGGACCCCGAGGACGUGGUCACGCUGGAGGCAACGUGCUGACGGGCACGGGGACGAGGGGAGGUGGUGCGUUCCUCUUGCGACCACUUCUGGCACCGUGUGGUGUUCGCAAACUAGCAGAUAAAUAAACUAACGAGAGAACAUAACAUAAGAGAAGGAAAAUAACAAGAGAAAACGUAAUAGGGUGAAAUAAAAUCAUACAGGGCAAAAAAAGAAAUGAAAUGACAAGACAAAAUG